AUGAGCUCCCCGUCAAUCACCUCAGAGCCAAAGGCCUCGGUCACAAAGAUGAAUUCCAAAACCAGUGACAAGACAGAAGUUGUCAAUGGGGAAAUAUUACACACUCCCGAACAUUUGCAACGACAUCUUACUCCCCGACAAGUCCAAUUCGUAGCUAUCGGUGGCUCUAUUGGGACUGCCCUAUUUGUGAGUAUCGGGUACGGGCUCAUGCGAGGAGCGGCAAGUCUACUCAUUGCAUUCGUGCUCCACGCCUUGGUUAUUGCCCAAGUCAACAACUCACUUGCGGAGAUGACCGUCUUCAUGCCCAUAAGCGCUGCAUUUAUUCAUCACGCCAGUGCCUGGGUUGAUGAUGCUUGGGGUUUCAUGAUCGGCUGGAACUUCUUCCUGUUCGAAGCGCUUCUCAUACCGUUUGAGAUCACCGCUUUGGACAUGGUCUUGACCUUUUGGAGAGAUGACAUCCCUUCAGCUGCGGUUAUUACCGUUUGCAUUGUGCUCUACGCCCUUUGCAAUGCACUCAUGGUCAAGUACUUUGGUGAAACAGAGUUUUGGCUCGCAGGGGGUAAACUUCUCCUCAUUGGAAUACUGUUCUUCUUCACCUUCAUCACUAUGGUUGGAGAACAGGGUCCUUUUGUUGAGUACAUUGACGAUGGCGACUUGGGCCGCUUCCAUGGGUUUCUCGCCGCACUAUGGCAAGCCGCUUUCACCAUUGUCGGCCCUGAAUACCUGGCCACCGUUGCUGGCGAAGCGCAGCGGCCGCGAUCAACCAUGAAAGCAGCCUUCAAAUCCGUGUACUGGCGAUUCGGGCUCUUUUUCAUUGGCGGCGCGUUGUGUGUUGGCAUUAUCUUGCCGGCCAACGAUCCGACGCUCCUGAGUGUCCUGAGCUCGGGCGAGACGGGCACCGGAGCCGCCUCACCUUUCGUCAUUGCCAUGAAGAACAUGAACGUUGGGGUGCUACCUCAUUUAGUCAACGCUCUACUGUUGACGAGUAUCUAUUCGGCCGGCAACGCCUACGUAUACUGCUCUUCUCGCAGUCUUUAUGGGUUAGCAUUGAAUGGCCACGCUCCGAAGUUUCUUACAAAGUGCACCAAGCAAGGUGUUCCCAUCUACUGCCUGUUUGUUGCACUCGCCUUUGCUUGUCUCUCAUUUCUAAAGUUGGGCAGUGGCUCUGUGAAGGUUUUGACUUGGCUCACAAAUCUCAUCACUGGCGGGACUUUGGUGACCUACAUCGUCAUUUGCAUCAACUAUCUCUUCUUCUACCGAGCCUUGAAAGCCCAGAAUGUCGACAGAUCCGAUCUUCCCUACCGCGGAUAUCUCCAGCCUUAUGGCACUUGGGUUGCUUUGGUCUGGCUUAUGGCGGUGGAGAUCUUCUAUGGGUAUGCCAUCUUCUUACGGGGCCGGUGGGAUAUUGGCAUCUUCUUCAGCAAUUACACCAUGGGCUUUCUCGCGAUCUGUCUGUUCUGCGGCUGGAAGAUCCUCAAGCGCACUCAGUUCGUCAGGCCCGAGCACGCCGAUCUGGUUUGGAUCCGCCCGGCAGUCGAUGAACACGAGGCGGCGAUGGCGGGUAACGAGAAUGAGGUCGGGCUCCGCAGACGCCUAGCGCAAUUGGUGAGGGUCGACAUGAAACUCAGUCGGGCGUCCCGGAGUCCUCGGGUUUAG